GUUUAAAAUUUUCCCGGCGAAAAAAUGGAGAAAUCUGGAAAUCAUCACGCAAAUGAAUCAUCGGAAACUCAUGAUCACAAAUCCGAAGAUCAUGAGAAUAAACAACAUUCCGAUGAAUCGGAACAAAAACUGCAUUCAUCGACGCCGGAAUCAGAAUCCUCGGAACAGAGCCUUGUUCAGGUGAUGGAGGCCGUCGACGAUUUCAUCAAAGCAAUUUCAGCCGAGAAGGAUCCGAUACGGGAGAUUCCUCCGGCGGUGGAGCCAUUCCCGGAGACGGUGGAUUCAUUGGUGUCAAAAAUGGAAUCUUCUGGGCUUGGGAGGGACGAAACAGAGGACUCUGUCUUCAUCGACGCCGUUAACCGGAUUUCGAAAUCGGUUAUGAGAUUGAGGGAGCUUAAAUUAGAUUCAACUCCGGUUUCUUCUUGGUUAAACCGGGCGAGUUCGGUUCAGCAUCGUGCUGUAUCUCUUCUCGACGAAGAGUUUCGUCAUCUUCUAGAUCGUUCCAGAGAGGAGAAGAAGAAGAACAACAACAACGACGGGAACAAUUCCGAUCACAACAAUUCUUCAACUAACGAUUCAGAUCGAUGCGUUUUACAGGAACAUGAAGUGGAGGAGGAAGAAAGUUUCCCGGAUUUUCCACCGGAAUCGAUCUCGACGUUGAAGAAGAUCGCCGGAGCGAUGAUCUCCGCCGGUUACGAAGCAGAGUGUUGUAUGUCAUACGAAAUGUCGAGACGGCACGCGUUCAAGGAAGAGCUAAGCGAGGUUGGAUUCGAAGGGAUCAACGUUGAAGACGUGCAGAGAAUAGGUUGGGAAUCUCUCGAAGGUGAAAUCGCUUCUUGGAUCUCAAUCGUUCGCCGUUGCUCCACCGUGCUUUUUCCCGGCGAGCUUUCUCUUUGCAAUGCUGUCUUUCCGGAUCAAGAUCAUGCCUCUAUUCGUAAACGCCUGUUCACCGGUUUGGUCUCUGCUGUUACAAUUCGGUUUCUUGAUUUCUCCGGUGCGGUGGUGCUGACUAAACGGUCGUCGGAGAAGCUCUUCAAGUUCCUAGACAUGUAUGAGACGCUUCGUGAUUUGAUUCCAGCGGUGGAACAAUCUGAUUCAGAUUUGAUCCAGGAGAUUAAAUUGGCUCAGACGAGGCUAGGUGAAGCAGCAGUGACUAUAUUCGGAGAGCUUGAGAAGUCGAUCAAGAGCGAUAAUGGAAGAACUCCCGUACCGAGCGGCGCGGUUCAUCCAUUAACACGUUACACCAUGAACUACCUCAAGUACGCUUGUGAAUACAAAGAAACAUUAGACCAAGUGUUCCAACACUAUGAAUCUAAUCAAACAGAUAACAAACCUGAACCAGAGACCAAACCAAAGCAGCAGCAACGAGACGACGAUGAAGAGUACAAAGUGUCAGCUUUUGCUAGACAAAUGAUAAGGGUGAUGGAAUUGCUUGACGCAAAUCUUGAGAUCAAAUCGAAACUGUACAGAGACCCAUCACUGAGAUACAUAUUCUUGAUGAAUAAUGGAAGAUACAUUCUUCAGAAGAUUAAAGGGUCGAUAGAGAUAAGGGACUUGAUGGGACAGUCAUGGACAAGGAAAAGAUCGACGGAGCUGAGACAGUAUCAUAAGAGUUACCAGAGAGAGACUUGGGGGAAAGUGUUGCAAUGCAUGAAUCAAGAAGGGUUACAAGUGAACGGGAAAGUGUCGAAGCCGGUUUUGAAGGAGAGGUUCAAGAUUUUCAAUACUAUGUUCGAUGAGAUUCACAAGACGCAGAGCACCUGGAUUGUGAGUGAUGAGCAGAUGCAAUCGGAGCUAAGGGUGUCAAUCUCGGCGUUGGUGAUUCCGGCUUAUCGGUCUUUCUUUGGGAGGUAUAAGCAACAUCUUGAUUCAGGGAAGCAGACGGAUAAGUAUGUCAAGUAUCAGCCUGAGGAUAUUGAGUCUUUCAUUGAUGACUUGUUUGAUGGCAACCCUACUUCUAUGGCACGCAAGAGAAAUUGAUAACUCCUCUAUGAGGAGAAACCCUACUUGUUUCUUUUGCUUCUUCUUUUUUUUUUACUUCAAUCCUUCUAUCAUUAUCUUUCAUUACCUUCAUGUUUAUAGAACCCAUGAGAAGCUACCGUGAAAACUUUUUGG